AUGAAUCCAGACAAUUUCAUUCACAAUACCAGCGAGGCCAUCGCCAACGCCUCCGGAGCCGGCUUUCAAGAAGGCCCCCCCCCCCAGCAUCCUCCUCCAGAUGAGAUUCCCGCAUCUACUUCAGGUGAUACUAAUUUCCAAGCGCUCAAGACCUAUGGCCACGACCUUAUCGAACAGGCCGGGAAGAUAGAUCCGGUGAUCGGCCGGGAUGAAGAAAUUCGAAGUGUUCUUUGCAUUCUAUCUCGGCGGACUAAUAGCAACCCUGUUCUCAUCGGCAAGGCCGGAGUCGGCAAGACAGCAGUUUUCGAGGGUUUGGCUCAGAGAAUCGCGAGAGGUGAUGUCCCGAGUACUCUUUCCUACGUGAGGCUCAUCUCUCUCGAUAUGGAUGUGUUGAUGGCCGGAUCAAAGUACUGGGGAGAGUUUGAAGAAAGAUUAAAGGCCGUCCUUAAGGAAGUUGAAGAUGCGGCAGGAAAGGUUGUUCUAUUUAUUGAUGAAAUCCAUUGUUCUUGUGUUCUUGGCGCUGGUAGGUUGGAGGGUUCCAUGAAUGCUGCGUAUUUGUUUGAACCAUUGUUUGCAACGGGACAGUUGCGAUGCAUUGGAGCUACAACACUGAAAAAAUACAGAAAGUUUGUUGAAAAGGAUGCAGUCUUCAAGAGAAGAUUCCAGCAAGUUUAUGUGGCUGUGCCCAGUGUUGCAGACACAAUUAGCAUUCUCUGUGGGUUGAAGGAGAGGUAUGAGGGCUAUCAUUUGGUUAGAAUUCAACAUCGGGCUCUUGUUGUUGCUGCAGAACUUUCUGCAAGAUACAUAAAUGGACGCCAUUUGCCAGACAAGGCAGUUGAUCUGGUGGAUGAGGCUUGUGCUAAUGUGAGGAUUCAACAUGACAGACGACCUGAGGAGAUUGCUAAUAUGGCGAGGAGAAGGAUUCAACUUGAAGUUGAGAUGGAUGCUCCUGAAAAGGAGAAGGAUAAAGCUAGCAAAUCUCGACAUACUGACGUUAGAAAGGAAUUGGAUGAUUUGAGGAACAAGCUGCAACAUUUGGAGAUGAGAGACAAAAUGGAGAAGGAAAUAUUAGAUGAACUCCGAAGGGUGAAGCUGAAGCGUGAAGAACUAUUGCCAGCAUUGCAAGAAGUCGAAAGUAGGAUGAAUUCAAGGCAUGUUGCUGUUCUCCAAUAUGGAGCUCUUCAAGAGAUAGACGCCGCCAAUGCCCAACUAGAAGGAAAAACCGGUGGUGAGAACAUCAUGCUCCUCGAAAACGUAGGCCCUGAUCAAAUAGCUGAGGUGAUCAGCCGAUGGACGGGGAUUCCGGUAAUAAUGUUUGGCCAGAACAAGAAGGAAAGGCUCAUAGGUCUUGCCGAGAGGCUUCAUAAAAGAGUUGUCGGACAGGAUCAAGCAGUCGAUGCAGUUGCAGAGGUUGUUCUGAGGUCAAGAGCAGGUUUUGAUUGGCCUCGACAACCCACUAAUUCAUUCCUCUUCCUUGGUCCAACUGGUGUCGGAAAGAUGGAGCUUGCUAAGGCCCUCGCAGAACAAUUGUUUGAUGAUGAAACCCUUAUUGUUCGAAUUGACAUGUCCAUGUACAUGGAGGAGCAUUCUAUAGCCCAACUAAUUGGCGCUCCACCAGCGUAA